UGACGAAUCGGCGGGGGAACCAGUUGAGUUCCAGUGGACAUUUCUUGCAUUCGGGUUACCUUCUUCGCAAUUAUGUGCAAUAUUCGUGUUACGGAAAAAAAGUUGAAGCUUUCGGUUCAUCCUACUCUUCAUUAACUUGCGAAGCGAUUCAUCGGAAUAUUUACAUUGAUGCUUGUCUGCUUUUGCUAGGCAGUGCGGAUUCUGCCAAACUUUUUGUGGGUGAAAUUUGUGCGCUGCGCUCUCAAGGCGGCCUUCGUAUGCGAAACUGUGCGUCCAAUGACCGUUGUGUACUUCAGCUCAUCACUGCGAUCGAAUUUUCUUCUAAAAGGCGGGAUAUUGUUGUUAAUUCUCUACCAACGGAACCAACUUUAGAGCUGCAGUGGGGUACGAAUUCUGAUAUACUGGCGAUAAGCCUCAACAUACCUACGAACCCGUUGACGCAUAGAGACAUCCUCUCCUGCUUGUCCUCUCUUCAUGACCCUCUGGGUUUCGUUUCCUCUUGUCUGAUACUGGAAAAGCGCUUACUGCAAUCCUUAUGCAAAGGUGGACUGAAAUGGGAUGAACCCAAUGGCAUCAGCGAUCCACUGCGGACUGAACUACACGUGUUUUGCGAUGCGUCAGAAGUAACAUAUAUCGCAGUUGCCUAUGCUCGUUUCAUUACCGAAACAUGGAACUUACACUUUGGACCAGGUUACAAAGGGCCGUGGUGUUUGCUCCUGCGUUUCAAGCAGUACAUCAUGGUUUCCGCUGGUAAGGCAUCUCAAGAGACAUUGUUGGUGGGCUAUAUUUGA